UUCCAUGGCCAGUAUCAUUGCUAAUAGAUGAAAGAAUGAUGAUUAGUGCAAGUAUCUUCUUCAGAAGGAAAAGACCAAAAGCAACAACCGUCAACGGGAAACUCUCAUCCCGUGAUAUUCAAAAAGCAGCCCACUUGGUGGUCAACUGUAGAGCCUGGUGGUCAAUCCUUGAGGUCAUGUAUCUUCUUCCUCUCUCCUUCCUUUUUCCUUCAAAAAGCCUUACAGAGAGCCAAGCUGAGAAACGAAUGGAGUCUCCAAGAUUACUUUUCUUCCUUUAUCCCAUUCUCAUACUUCACCUUCUUGCUGUCACCAAUGCUCAGCCAAAGUUUCUCUACUACCGGUGUUCAAACGGUGUUGGUAAUUAUACCAAUAACAGCACCUACAAGGCAAACCUCAACACUCUCCUCACCUCCCUCUCUUCAAACAACGAAAUAGAUUAUGGCUUUUACAAUUUCUCCGCAGGCCAAAACUCGGACAAAGUCAAUGCAAUCGCGCUUUGCAGAGGAGACGUAAUGCCAACCGCAUGCCGGAGUUGUAUCAAUGACUCUAGGAUUCAACUCACUCGGCUCUGUCCCAACCAGAAGGAGGCAAUAGGAUGGUACGAUGGUUGUAUGCUGCGAUACUCCAAUGACUCCAUAUUUGGAAAAGCCCAAACUUCGCCCUCCUUUACAAUGUGGAACCUUCAAAACGUCUCCAAUGUGGAAGAUUUCAAUCAGGUUCUGGGAAACCUGAUGGCCAGCCUCCGAAGCAAAGCUGCGUCUGGUGAUUGGCGUCGCAAGUUCGCAACUGAAGAAGCAAAUGUUACGAGUUUCCAAAGCAUAUAUGGGCUUAUGCAGUGCACUCCUGAUUUGUCCGAGUUGUCUUGCAGUAAUUGCUUAGAGGGCGCUAUCAAUGAAAUUCCAACAUGUUGUAAUAGGCGCAAAGCAGGGAGAGUUGUUAAACCCAGCUGUAAUUUGAGAUACGGAACAUACCGUUUCUAUUAUUUUACAGCAGCUAACGCGCCGCCACCAACAGCAACACCCCAACCUUCUCCUCCCUCAGCUGAUCUCUCUCCACAGCCCUUAGCUAAUACCACCUCUACACAAGAAACAAGGAGUAACUCAUCCCGAACCAUCAUCCUCAUAAUCGUCCCAUCCGUAAUUAUUUUAAUCAUAAUCCUUGUUGGCUUCAUCUGUUUCUUUUCCAGAAAAAGGAGCUCAAUGGAGAAGCUUGAGACUAAUGAUGAGGAUGACAUUAUAAAUGUUGAAUCCUUGCACUUCGACUUUGACACAAUUAGAGUUGCUACAAAUAACUUCUCCGAUUCUAAUAAGCUAGGACAAGGUGGAUUUGGCCCUGUUUAUAAGGGUAAGCUUUCUAAUGGACAAGAUAUUGCUGUGAAGAGAUUGUCUAGUGGUUCAGGACAAGGAGAAUUGGAAUUCAAGAACGAGGUGGUAUUAGUAGCCAAGCUUCAGCACAGGAAUUUGGUUAGGCUCCUAGGUUUUUGUUUGGAUGGAGCCGAAAGACUUCUUAUCUAUGAGUUUGUGCCUAAUACAAGUCUCGAUCACUUCAUCUUCGAUCCAAUUAGACGUGCACAAUUGGAUUGGGAAAGGCGUUACAAAAUCAUAGGAGGCAUUGCUCGAGGGCUUCUAUACCUUCAUGAAGAUUCUCGACUUCGCAUUAUUCAUCGUGAUCUUAAAGCUAGCAACAUUCUCUUAGAUGCAGAAAUGAACCCUAAAAUUUCUGAUUUUGGUAUGGCAAGGUUAUUCUUAGUAGAUCAAACUCAAGGCAACACUAGUAGAAUUGUGGGAACCUAUGGAUAUAUGGCUCCUGAAUAUGCCAUGCAUGGACACUUCUCUGUUAAGACAGAUGUUUAUAGCUUUGGCGUGUUAGUUUUGGAACUUGUGAGUGGUCAAAGGAAUAACUGUUUUCGUGUCAGUGAAAACAUUGAGCAUCUCCUAAGCUAUGCCUGGAAAAAUUGGAGGGAAGGGACAGCCACCAACUUGAUAGAUCCGACAAUGAGGAUCAGUUCAAUAAGUGAAAUAAUGAGAUGCAUCCACAUUGGGCUCUUGUGCGUUCAAGAAAACGAAGCUGACAGACCGACCAUGGCUUCUAUUGCUCUCAUGCUUAACAGUUACUCUCUAAGUCUCCCAUUACCUUCACACCCUGCAUUUUUUAUGAAUACUAGCAUGAAUCGGGACAUGUCUUUAGAAUUGGAGGAUAAUUCAAGGGUGGCCCAGUCGAAUUAUUUGCCGAGUAGAUCAUCCCAUUUUUCAGUGAAUGAGGCUUCAAUCACUGAUCCAUAUCCUCGAUAAGGUGCCCAUAGAUGUUGACAACAGUCAAAAGCAUGUGUAUUACGUACAAUUUUUGUAGCAUUGUUUCAACUGCAAAUACUGUUUCCCUAUUUGGUGCUAAAAAUAAAAGAUGCCACAUGGAGUCAUCAUAAUGAAUUAAUAUUUGUUUUCAGUUCUU